UAGGGUCUCCUGCUUGAGCAGAGGGUUGGAGUAAAAGGCUCCCAUGAUCCCUUCGAGUUCUAUUCUCCAUUCUAUUCAGUAAGUAGUGUCCAGUGUAUCUUAAUUUCAUUUGCAAGGGAUCCUGAGAAGAAAACAGAUCUUCUACUUCUAAUUACUUGAUCCUGGCAGUCCUUUGCCUCUUUUGUUUGUUUAUAGCUUGGGACUUGCCAAAACAUGAACUCUCUUUACUACUAUCUGUAAUGAAUGAAUUAACUUAGCAAUUAGGGCACAACAGGGAAGAUGGAACUCUGAUUGUUUUAUUGAGUUUUGUGGCCAGGACUUUGGGGGAAGCUGAGCUUAUGAACUGUGGCAAGCUACACAAAAUUAUAUGCCUGUAGAAAUGGUCUAGAAGGGUUCAGCUUUAUUGAUUAUAUACUGAGAGAACUGGUGUGAAAGUGAGCGACCUGGAGGCUACUAAUAAUAUUUCUACAUGAUAGUGCCAUCCUGUGUGAAAGCUGCUAGCUGAGUAGGGAUGUUUGGAUUGAUGGAGUGGUCCCUGCCAAUGGUCCUUGGGAACAUGAUAGGUUCUUGACCACUCUGAAUGGGAGAAGAACAAAGUUGUCAAUAUGUCUCAGGUUCAGUUUAAUCCAGUGAUUUCUUUUAAUGUUGAGAUUUCAUUUUCUUCCCAUGGUUUAUCAAUAGCCCAACAAUGGGUGUACUAUCUCUCCUUGGUCAGUCUAAGUUGUCUUUCCUGAACAUGCUCUGCCCAAUCUCUGAUCUAGGCAUGGCAUCAGAUGAGCUGCUAUAGAUGUUUUUGUACCCUAUAAUGGGAUGAUAAUCUUUUUCAGAAUUAAAAUUGGAGGCACACUUUGCCAAAUACCUCCAAAUAUUUAUUUUGUGGAUUAUGAAGGCAUUGGGAUUACUAUGAUACAUCCCAAACAAUGUGACUGAGCUACUCACAAUACGUGAAGGAAUGUAGCUGAAAUAAUUGUUGUUAACUGGGCAGGUUAAUCCCAUGUACAGGUUUUUUUUUGUUUCUCACCAUGGUACAAAUGCUGUAAGGCUGGAUUUGCAGAGAGGGAUGCAACAGAGCCUACAUAGAACGGUGUUGAUCUUAGACCUGCUGCCAAGAGACAUGAGAAAAUGAUCAUAUUUGUAUCCUAUUUUUGUAGGGAAGAUUUGUAAUUAAAGUUAUACAAACUUGCAUUCAUGCUUUGAGAUGGCGGUUCUGAUCAAUGUUCUUAUUUCUCUCUAGCAUCUACCUAGGCAACUCGGGGACAUUUGGCCUCUUUCCUAAUAACCGCCUCAAGCGGAGACCAAGUCAUUAUGAGCAAGACAUUACUGAAGGUCAUCAACCUCAGAAAGUGGCACGCCGGGUCUUCACUAAUAGCCGGGAACGGUGGCGUCAACAGAAUGUGAAUGGUGCCUUUGCUGAGCUUCGGAAACUCAUUCCCACCCACCCACCUGACAAGAAGUUGAGUAAGAAUGAGAUUCUUCGCUUGGCCAUGAAAUAUAUCAAUUUCCUGGUCAAGCUACUGAGUGACCAGGCCAGACUGGCUGGAGGGGAGACUGCUGAAACAAACAGCCCCUGCAAUGGCACUCCCAGGACUCCAUCACCAUCAGCAUCCAUAAAACUGGAACAGUUAACCGCUGAGUCAAUGACUGUGCUGGAAGCAAGAGAAUCACGGUGAUGUCUAGCAGUAAAGACCACCAUCACCACCCUUUUCUGUGCAUCUACAAUGCUGCACAUGUGGUUCAAGCGAGCAUCAGUGGAAACUCCUUGGGCUGCACAUCCCUUCCUUGAGUCCAUCACCCAUGGAACAGUCUGCCAUAAUAGGAUUAUAUUGGCUUUGAAAGAUUUCAUUUGACUUCAGGAAUCCAAAAACAGAGGGAGAAGGUGCUGGAGUCCCUUUGACUGAGACAUCCAUUGAUGUCCAAUGGAAGCCUCAAAAUGUGGGUACUCUGGGAGAGAUGAGGUUUUAUGUACAAUUCCCUGGUUUAGGGCAGUAGGAAACUGCUUGAGCAAGUUCUAUAUGAUAUCUGGUUUGCAUAAGAUACCCUCUAGCUCUUGUUGGCUGUAAGAGGAAGACCUUGAUGUCAGGCAGCACUAUAGCUGGAAAAGGUGCUCUGGAGUUUCAUUUUCACUGUUUGCUGAUUAGUGCUUCUGGUUUUUAGCCUUAACACUGCUCCUGCCAACAAAUCUAAGCCUUAAUUAUUGUCAGUACCCCACAUAAAUAUUUGAGCCUGUACAAAAGGGCAAAAGGAAAUAAAAAGAAGUGGCAAGGUUAAGAAGCUGAGCUCCCAGGCCCCGUCUACUUUCCACCUUCCCAUCAAAAUGGGACUCUGGCUCGGCUAUAUCAGUGACAUCUUUCUAGAUGGGAAAAGAGCUACUGAAGGACUUUUGAGCAUUCUUGUCAAUGGCUUGGAAAGCAAUGGCUGUGUAACCAUACAGACUGUUCAGUGCAUCUGCUGUGCUCUGCCUAGUUGGGUGUUCAGUAGUAACUCAGCCAAGGCUACAGGCAGUGGUUUGUGUGAGCAUGUCUUCUUUUUGACAUGCUUAUUUUCCUGCAUGCAUAAUGUUUUUCUUGGCAAUUUUUGUGCAGAAACCUUCGUUAUCAGUCCCAAAAAGCAGGAGCACCAUCUCUGCAGGAGAACUGGGCCUUAACAAUGGUCUCUUGUGAGCCAGGUGUGCUGUUGGGGAGUUACUCCAGAUGCAAGCAGUUAAGAGGGAGUGGGUGGUGGUGGUGGUGCAGUAGCUGCUGUGUCACUCCCAAGGGGCCAGUUGGAUGGGUGGGAGGUUGCUGGGAGCCCACAGUUUCAGAAACCUUCUCCCUUCCUGGAAAGAGAAGGGCGGUUUAUGCUGAGUCAAUAUCUCGAACUUCUCCUCAAACCCUGGGCCCCUUACCAAAACCACAUAUGACAGCAAUGAUUCUGGAGGGAGGGAGGCCUGAGCUGCCUGUUAUCAGAUGAAGAAGUUUGCUGAAAGGUCUUUGGGGUGAAGGAAGAAGAAAGAUUACCAUAUCUACACACACACACACACACACACACACACCAGGACCCAGAUUUGCUUGUAAAGGAAAUUGUUCUCCGCUAAUAUUUGUUUUUAUUGGGAGGAGGAUUUGUAAGAUGGGAUUCUUACACUCAAUGCUGUCCAGACCAGAAGCUCCUUGGAACCAAAUUCUUCUUAGUUGUAUGAUGUUUUCAACUGAAAUCAAUGCCAUAAACAAAAAGAAAAGUAAUAUAUUUGGUGAUAAUUGUUGACAUUGUAAAAGAUUGUGUGGGUUGCAUGCUAUAUUUUGAGUUUGAAUUUUUCACUGCAAGGAAAUGAUGAGGAAAUAUGUGUGUGUGUGUGUGUGUGUGUGUGUGUGUGUAGUGUGCUUGUUGAAGAUACAAAAGUACUGCAUCCUGAGGUGAUUCCUCCUCAGUCCUCUCUGACAUGCUGUAAAGUAUGGCAGUAGCACCGCAAUGGUUGGAUGAAGCCACAUUUCAAUGUCUAGAGGGGAAAUGGCCCAAGUAUGCCCACAGGGCCUGGUGUAUUAUUCUGCCAAUACCCAGCAGCUUACCUGAUAUCAUGCACAUUCCUUGGGUAGCUCUUCCUUGGCCACAACCUAGUUACAUGCUAGAAAUUACCCCCCAAAUACACAGAGCUGAAUGGCAAUUUAUGACACGUUCCUGUUCCUCUUGCCAGUUUUGGUCUCAUUCACUUUGCUGUGAUUAAGGAGGUUUUCCUUUUUUAUUCAACUUUCUGAGUUUGUAGUCUAAGCAAUCACUAUGCCUUUCUUUCUUCCUCUUGUCCACUUUCUAAGCAGUCCUUCAAUCACAGGAUGUUGAUUUUAUUUUAUUUUUCAUAUUCCCUUAUCAUGCUAUACUGGUUCUUGCUCUAGUCAACUCAGUGAAAGGAUCCAGAAUAUCUGUUUGGGUUUGCACAACAUACUGAAGCCUUAGCCAACUAUCUUUUAGCCCAGAAUCUAGCCAGGGUGGGAAAUCUUGUGGCCACCGUGUCAUGCAAACCCAAGAAAGAUAGUAAACUGUAACUGAAUGCAGUCUAAACCUGUGAAUACCCAUUAAUGUUUAUUAUCCAAUCAUUCUUUAAGUUAGUGACAUCUUUUGUUUAGCUGUUAUUGUUUAUGUGGAAUCUUUGAGGUGCCAAAAUCAAAUUAAACAUUUUGCUCAGAAUUUAGUGAAAAUAACAUGGUUCCAAGGAAAACAACUACCGGUAAUCGAAACAUAGCAGGCCCAGUCAGUGAACUAUUCUGCUCAGGCUCCACCAUAACGAAUUGGAAAGCUUAAAGAAAGAUGCUGUUCAGCAGGCAAGAGCAACUUCUACCAGACUGUUAGAAUUGAUAGAUGUGCAGAGGAUGUGGUGUGUUUGUAUGUAUUGCUGAAGGACCCUGUAAACCGAAGUAGGGUAGCCAUAUUUUAAAAAGCAAUGGAUGCC